AGUUCUAGUGCGUUUUUUGAAAGGAUUCCUCUUGUAAGUAAUAGGGAACCUGAUCCUUCAGUGGUAGGUUCAGUAGUAGGAAAUUAUGAAAGUGAUGCUAGUGAUACUUUGAGCUUUUCUAGCGAUGUAGGUACUGAGUCUGAGCCCGAAGCGUGCACCUCUAUAGGGUUUAGUGUCGUUUCAGAAAAUAAUGACGAAAUAAAUAAAUGUAAUGAAAUUAAGUCGUGGGCUGUCAGAAACAACAUAUCGCAAAUCGCUUUAGAAGAUCUUCUAAAAAUAUUGCGCAAAGUAGGUGUUGAUGGUAUGCCACUGUCUGCAAAAACACUACUAAAUACUAGUAAGGAAAAAAUAAAUAUCACUAAAAUGCAAGAUGGAGAAUUUUUGUACCUAGGAAUACAAAACUAUUUUGUUUCAAGUGCGUUUAAUUACUUGGAAGGAAAAAAUGAGGUUUAUUUAGAUAUAGGAGUUGAUGAGUUAAAAUUGUACAAAAGUUCAAACAGGGUAUUAUGGCCUAUCUUGGGUUCAGUUAUAUGUUUCCCUAAUAUAAGCCCGUUUAUGAUAGCAUGCUAUUCCGGGUUCAAGAAGCCAAGUAAUAUAGAUCAAUGCAUGUCCGAAUUUUGUGCCGAGGUCGUGUCGCUAAGGGCAACCGGCAUUAAAGUUGGAAACGUUUUAAAAUUUAACAUUCGUCUUUUUGUUUGUGACUUCCCAGCGAGGGCUUUUGUAACAGGUGUUAUAUCACACAACGAGAAAAAUGGUUGUCCAAAAUGCUGCCAGGAAGGUACUUACCAAAAAAUAGAGUAAGUUUUCAAAAAAACGUCGGUUCCUUAAGAUCGGAUAAAACGUUUAUGUUACGUUCAAAUCCUGCGCAUCAUUUGGAAGAUUCCAAAUUCAAAAAGAACAUUUUGGAAGAAUCAGAUUUUGGGAUGGUUUCUCAGUUUCCCCUUGAUAGUAUGCACUUAGUCGACUUAGGAGUAACAAAGAAAUUACUUAAACUUGCAACAAAAAAGGCCAAUCAUACUAUUAUUAACAAAAAGCUUGACUAUGUCUCUAAUUUUAUCCCAUCAGAGUUUGGCCGCAUAUCUAGAAGUUUAGAUGAGAUUCAUAAUUGGAAAUCGACUGAGUUUAGGCAGUUUUUGCUUUAUUCUGGUAUAUUCGUUCUUAAAGAUUGUAUCAGUACCGAUCAAUACUAUCACUUCCUGCUGCUACAUAGUAGUAUUCGACUUUUGUCAAAUGAAAAAUCGCACCGAAUCGAAGCCGAUAUUGCCUAACAAAUGCUAACAGAUUUCGUCAAUAUUUUUGGAAUUUUAUAUGGUGAUGAAUUUCUUUAGCUUUAAUAUUCAUGGACUACUUCACUUGGCAGAUUGCAUAAAACAGUUUGGACCAUUAGAUUCUUUUUCAGCGUAUCGUUUCGAAAACUAUAUGCAGAAUAUAAAAAAAAUUGUAAAUAAACCCAAUAAAAUUCUACAGCAAAUAUAUCUUAGACUUGAUGAAAAACAGGGUAUUGAAUCAAAUUCAGAGAAUGUGCCAAAAUUUGCAUCAUUUGAUUUAAAUCCCAACAAGCAGAAAGAUAGUUUUUGUUUUAGUGAGUUGACAGGACCAAUGAAGAUAUUUAAUGUCAUAAAGUCUCAACAGUCGUAUGAAAUUGUCUGCAAAGUUUUCAGAAAGACUGAAAACUACUUUAAUGAGCCUGUAGAAUCGUCAAGUGGCCUAGGGAUUGUAGUCGCAAGUGAGUUAGAUGAAGAAAUGGUAACAGUUCCUAUCGAAGACAUUGAUUUCAAAUACUUUUGUAUUCCUAUCGAAGAGAAAUAUGUAUUUCCUAAUACCACUUUUACACCAUCUUUUUAACACAUUUUCCCAUUAACCACUGAUUUGCACAUUUCACUUUCAAUUCCACAACUUUCAAAUUUAAUAUACAAUUUUGGUUUUACUAAUAUAACCAAAACUGUAUAUAAAUGCAAUAUAAUAAAAAACAUAUGUAAUAACAAAUAUAAAACAUCAUAAAAAAUAUACAGUAUUGUUCAUAUGUUAAGAAACAAACUCCAAAUGUAAUAUGUUGAACGACAUUUUAACAAUACUGUAUAUUUUUAUGAUGUUAUCCUAAUAUAAUUAAUAUAAUAUAAUGUAAUAAUAAUAUAAUUAUUAUAUAUACAAAUGAGUAACAUAUUCGAGACGCAAGAUGAAGGUGGUAAGUUAAAAGGAAAAUACUCAUCGAAAUAAGUAUAAAUAUAUUAAAAAUUAUUAAUUUUUUAGUAGAUAGAUAUUCCAAUCGUUGAGAGGAUUGAGCCAAUAUCCAGUGGAAAUAUCAAGAACACAACAAAACUCAGAUAGUCUUGAAGCGUUAAAAAGGAACAUUGCGGGCCAAAAGAAUAUACAAGAAAGGCUAGACAAAUUGGAGGAAAACGUAUUUAUAACUUUGCGGAACCAAAAAACCCUUAGUGAAGGCCAAUCGUCACUGGUUCACAACCAAACUGCUAUAUUUGAAAAACUGAAUGAGAUGGACUCGAAAAUUGUCGAAAAGGCUGAGGUUUUGGCGCAAAAUAAGUCAAUCAGAGAAUGCAAAGUUCUCUUAAAACGAGUGGAGCAGUCAGUGUGCCGCAUGACCGGCGAAGUAAUUGACAAAGAGCUGGACGACGUCGCUAGCACUUUUCCGAUGGAGUCGCAAGCAAAAGUUGCGGAAGUGGAAGAUAGACUGCAAAGCCAAGACUAUGCCCAAACAAUGACUGCAUUCCUCCACAAACUUAAAGGCGCCAGUGAUAAUGUGGCUGACGUAAUACCUAAGGUUUUCUCAGAUGAGCUCUUGGAAGGUUAUAAUUGGGAUGGCAGGUGGAGCAAGAAAUCCCUAUGCAAGUUGGCGCUGGUUGAUACCAUUUUAAGAAAUGUGUUUCAACAACAAGGGUGUAGGAGUUUCGAGCAAAAUAUAAAGCGGUCAAUACUGCUCAGCCAUCACAGGUUAAAGCAGCGUAGUUAUUUAAAAAAAAAAGGAAACAAUAAUUAGGUACAUUUAAAAACUAAACAAAUUAAAACCAAAAACUGAAGCUUUAAUUUUAUAUUAAUUUGUUUUUACUUUUUGUACAAUUUUUUUAUAACAUGAAUUAAUGAAUAUUAUA